GUUCAUUUUCAUCGUGGCGAUCGCUGGAAGAAGACAACGAGACUUCGUCGAACACGGACGAGCGGGCCUGACCCUUCGCUGCCUGUGGAGUACAUGCGACCUGCGAGCGUCACCUGGUGCAGGCAUAUUUGAUUUGUCACUGUGGUCAACUAGAAUGAUACAACUAUGAACAUAUUUUGAAAGCAUUUCGAGUAUGAAUCACUCAGAUUUCGCAAACAUUAAUAGCUCCAUUUUAUCGUAUAAACAUUUUAAGACUUAAGAAUAAAUGCUCUUCAAAGAGGACUAAUAAGUUUGAUAAAUUCGAAUUUACUGCAAUGAUUGGAUUGCAAAUUGGUCAGCCUCGCAUAAUAGUUAAUAGACUAGCCGAAGCAAACUUUCAAAUCCUUUCCACUGCUGCUGUUCUGCACACUGACUCCUUCACCAGAAAUCGCUCUGAAAUUAUUUUAUGAAGUCCUCUCAACAACUGUUGCUCUGCACUCACAUUCCUUCACCAGGAAUCUUUCCUGAAUCAUUUUACCAGGUUAUUUCAACUACCACUGCUCUGCACACUGACUCCUUCACCAGGAAUCUUUCCAGAAACAUUUUACCAGGUCCUUUCAACUACUGCUGCUCUGCACACUGUCUCCUUCACCAGGAAUCUUUCCAGAAACAUUUUACCAGGUCCUUUCAACUACUGCUGCUCUGCAAACUGACUCCUUCACCAGGAAUCCUUCCAGAAACAUUUUACCAGGUACUUUCAACUACUGCUGCUCUGCAAACUGACUCCUUCACCAGGAAUCCUUCCAGAAACAUUUUACCAGGUCCUUUCAACUACUGCUGCUCUGCACACUGUCUCCUUCACCAGGAAUCUUUCCAGAAACAUUUUACCAGGUCCUUUCGACUACUGCUGCUCCGCACACUGACUCCUUCACCAGGAAUCCUCUCAGAAACAUUUUACCAGUCCUUUCAACUACUGCUGCUCUGCACACUGACUCCUUAAACCAGGAAUCCUUCCAGAAACAUUUUACCAGAUCUUCUCAAUCGAACUAUUACUGCCCUGUAGCUCCUAACAUCAAGAGCUUGGAAUACUCAUUCAUGUGUAUGACUCGCAAGUGUUUUUUUUUUUCAUUAACUGCCUAUAAUUAUGCAUGAUUAACUCAACUUAACUCUUACUAACUCAAUAACAUGACUAACCUCACUAACAAUCAGUUACUAUAAAAACCACUUGUUGAGUUUUACUAUGAAGGUCGUACUGAGAGUGCUUGGAAGACACAGCCGAAUGAUUAAUCAGGGUAAACGACUACUUAAGGCCAAGUAGUGUCUUCAACUCUCAAGUCACUCAAGGCUUGUUCUCUAGCGAAAAUAGUUGCCCGAUCUACUAAUUAUGCUGUCCCAAGUAACUAUCUCCGUCUUGUCGUCAGAGAAGG